GAAAGGGAAGACUUUACCGUUUUCAUCGUUUUCCCUUGUUAGUGCCAUGCACACACACAUCUUUCACACCAUAUAUGAAUGUGUUGAAUAUGAAUGUGGCGCUUACAUUGUUUUAACUCCGCUAUGAAUUCAUUAAAUAUUGCAGAGCUAAAGUGAGCAGUAAAUUUACAUGGAAAUGCUAUCUUUUCUUUAUAUCCGUCGCAUCAAUCCUUAGUUCAAGUAAACUUUUUUUAAAUACCCUUUCAGUCGUUAAGGAAUGCGCUGCAUUUUCGUAGCAAAUCGGAAAAGCGUUACUUUGCUACAUAUUUUAUACAUUAAUGAUAAUAAUAAUAUUGACAAGAGCAAUAACUCGAGUGUAAAGAAAAAAGUAAAAAAAAGAAUAUAUAUAUAUAUAUGUAUAUGCCUAUAUGUAUGCAUGUAUGUAAAUAUAUGUAUAUGUAUAUAUGUAUAUAUGUAUAUCUAUAUAUAUAUCUAUAUCUAUAUAAUCAAAUAAGAUAGGGGUAUGAAAUGUUAUAGUUACAGGAAUCAAUACACACACUGUUCCUGCUUCCAAAUAGGAAUGGAAGUUUCUAUGAAAGCUAUUUCUCGGACUUUGCAUCACUUUAAGGCAAAUUUUAUGCGCUUUUUUGUCUACUUUUCUGAGAUAUAACCCUUGUAA